AUGGAUGAAGACUCGGAUAUAGCAGACAUCAAUGACAUUUUCCAGGACUUGGAUACGGACUUGAUUGAGAUGCUCCAACGGGGCCAACAGGCGAACUUGUUUCGAGACAUCCCGGUGGAAGAACACGAUAACCGAAUCAACCAACUCAAUAGGAUAUUCAUAAGUAGAAAUAAUCUACAGAGUAGAUAUCAAAGAAGUCCACAUAGCCACGAGUACUUCUAUAUCUAUUGGGCAUUCGAUAAGAUACCGAUACCGUGUUUGAAUUUGUACUUAGGAUGGAUGUUUUUGAGAACGUUCGAAUUGAAACAGAAUUUGAUAAGGAUAUUUAAGUUCAUAACGUUUUUUAUUAUUAAAUUUUUCCGAAUGGUACCAUUCAUUUACUUAGCAUACGCCUAUUUAAAAGAUCUUUUUCUACUAGUGUUUCAUGUGAGUAAUCUUAUUACAUUUUCUGAUAAUUUUUUAAAAGAUGCCAUGGCAUACAUGAUGGUAUCUAAUAAGAGUUUAGUGAAAAGAUUUGAUACUAAUGAUACUGAAGUAUUGUAUUACAUGGAUGACAUAACCGAGACCACCUUCAAUGAAAUGAGUUGGGGUUCGAUCUUUAAAACUAUUCUUUAUAACUAUGUGGUUAGAUUUAUAAGUAUAUCAUGUGGCUCGUUUACUACUGAAGAAGGAGAGUUUAAUUAUUGUAAAUUUGAUAAUAAUACUUUAAUUUUUAAAUUUUCCGAUUCAAUACUCAAGAGUUUCCCCUUUCUCCUUCAUUCAAAUCAGUUCUUUUCAGAUUCAGUAAUCGCCAAAUCUUUUUUUGCUCCAUUAUUAAAAUUUUUCAAUUUUUUAACUGCAAAUGAUUUCCGGCUAAUUUUUUUGAAAUUUUUCACCAUUACAAUCUACUUAAGUUUUGCCAUUGGUGGUAAUCUCAUUGCCUUGAAUGUUUUGGCCCUAUAUAGUCAAUGGACCAUCAAGACUGCCAAAAUGUACUUUACUUUCUACAAAGAACUACUAAGUAUAGUUUGGCAGUCUUUAAGUAAUCCAAUUAUAUAG